UUUGUCUACUAUUCCAGGGCCAAAGUGUUUCGUGGAAAGAAGGUUCUUGGAGACUACGACAUCAAAGUGGAGCAGGCUGAGUUCUCAGAAGUCAACCUCAUCUCACAUUCCAAUGGAACCUGUAACGUGGACAUGCAGGUCAUCAGGAGCGGGACCAAAUUGGUCAGGUCCUUCAGGCCUGACUUUGUUUUGGUGCGCCAGCACGCCUUCAGCAUGGCCCAGAACGAGGAUUUUAGGAACUUAAUCAUCGGUCUGCAGUAUGCAGGCAUCCCCUCUGUCAACUCUCUGGACUCCAUCUACAACCUCUGCGACAAACCUUGGGCUUUUUCCCAGCUGAUCAAUAAUCAGAAGAGGCUGGGUUCAGAGAGGAUCCCUCUUAUUGAUCAGACUUUCUACCCCAACUACAAAGACAUGAUCACAUCACCAAGUUUCCCAGUGGUGGUAAAAAUCGGACACGCCCACUCUGGAAUGGGAAAGGUCAAAGUGGACAAUAUGAGUGACUUCCAGGACAUUGCUAGUGUGGUGGCCAUCACUCAGACAUACUGCACCACAGAGCCAUUUAUAGAUGCCAAGUACGACAUCCGGGUCCAGAAAAUCGGCGUUGACUACAAAGCAUACAUGCGAACAUCCAUCUCUGGUAAUUGGAAGAGCAACACCGGAUCUGCCAUGUUGGAACAAGUAGCCAUGACUGACAAGUAUAAGCUGUGGGUUGAUACCUGCUCAGAGAUCUUCGGAGGGCUUGAUAUCUGUGCUGUCAAAGCCAUCUGUGGCAAGGAUGGUAAUGACUACAUUACUGAGUUUGUGGGUUCAUCUAUGCAGCUGAUUGGUGAUCACCAGGCAGAGGACCGUCAGCUCAUCUCAGAGGUGGUGCUGGCUAAGAUGAGCCAAGCACUGGCCACCAGGUCGUCUAGUGCUUCCCGCUCACCUGCUCGCUCUCCUCAAGGCCAGAAGCCAACUACUGUGCAGCCCCAACAGAGUGCUGCCCUUAAGGAAGGACCGGCAGAUCCAAGCAGGACGUCUGUUCAGCGCCCUCUUCCUCAAGAUGCACCAGUGAAAUCACAGAGUGUGGACACAUCAUCAGAGUCAGCUAAGAGAGCUUCUGAGCCGUUACCAAAGCCCAACCAGGCCCAGAAACCAGGCCCAGGUCCAGUACAGAAACCAACUCAGGCACAGAAGAGCCCAGUCCAGAGGGCCACCUCCGUCACAAAGCCUCCAGUCCCAAGGCCCCCCCCAAUGACAAGAGCCCCAUCCCUCGCAAAGUCAGCCCCAGAUUCGGCUUCCAUCCCAGCCCCAGCCAAAUCUUCACCAUUAUCCUCAGUCCCAGCAGCAGCAGCAGCUGCAGCAGCUCCAGGCUCUCCCCCGACCAAAGCAGCAGCAGCCGUGGAGGCCCCAGCCCCGGCUUCAGCCUCAGCUCCUACCAUAGAGCAGCCCAAGCCCCAGCCUCAGGGCUCUCCAUCUCCAGCUCCUGGCAAACCAAAAGAGCUGCCCCCCAAACCCGCACCACCUGCAAAGCCCAUCCCUCCAUUACGCAGGAAUUCAAAGCCGCAGCUCCAGCCAAAGCCGCAAACCCCGCCGCCACCCAAGACUUCAUCUAAACCCCAGCCCGCUGCCCAAGCCCCAGCCCCCACUCAGGCUUCAGAUACUGCCUCAGCCCCUGCCCCAGCACAAGUCCAGUCUCCAGUCAGAGCCAGCCAUUCCCCGCCUAAUGUCCAGUCACCAGCUAAGGCAAAGCCCCAGGCCAAACCGGCCUCUCCUUCCCAAAACCCUGAGCCUGACCCAGCUGAAGCUGCCGCGGCCCCCGCUGAAGCUGAGGCCCCUGUGGAAGAACAGCCAGGAUCCCAGCAAAAGACCCAUCCUCUGCUUAAUAAGUCCCAGUCCCUGACCAAUGCCUUCAGCGCCUUCAGCGACUCCUCUUUCUUCCGUGGGGUCUCAAGCACCGGAGGUGACGGCCAAGACGAGGUGAAGGCAGAGACCAUUCGUAACCUCCGAAAGUCCUUCGCCAGCCUUUUUUCUGACUAGACAUAGCCGAGCCGUAGUCAGCCAUUUAUUCAUUCUGCCCACCACCCCUUUUGCCGUUGGCCAGUGAUGACUUGAUCGACAUUAAAUGUGAACCAGUCUGAGAUUAAACUCUGUGUGUUAACUGUACUGUAUUCCCUCCGUCCCGGUCACUCCCCUCCUCAACUUUCAGCUUCUCUGUGUGAGUAACAGUGAGGCCUGCUGGGUAGGAUAUUCAGUGAAGGAUGCUGUGCCAGAUUAAUUGGACUGAAGGAGUUACGUCAUUGAUAUUUACUAGAGUAGAACAGAAUAGAAUAGAAUAACUAAAUAUUUAUUUUUCCCAGAACACACUUUAAGGAACUCUUUCUGAAGUACAGUAUAUAAAAAGUAGAAUAUUUAAGACUACAUAUAGAAUGUACAUACAGUAUAUAUAUUUAUACAUAUAUAUAUAUAUAUAUAUAUAUAUACAGUAUAUUAAUACAAACAUACGUAACUAUAAAGGGAGGUAAGCCAAUUAAAAAAAAAAAAAUCCAGUAGCACUUUCAGUUAGUUUUUUGUCAGUGACAUAACUCUUUCAUUCAGUGGCUGGAUUCAUACAUAUUUUAAAAGAAUUAUAUGAUAUUUGAUAUUUGAUGGUUUGAUCCACAGUGAAUCAAUUUUAGUCAGUAUGUAAAAUGUUGUCAUUAAGGAAUUUUUUUCCUGUGUAAAUCCAGCCAAUGUGUCUCUGGUCCUUGGCUACUGACUACUGGGCUUGUCAUUGCGGCCCCUUUUUUGUCAACAAGCCUUGAAGUUCAUUGUCGUGUGAGGGAGUUGGAAAUAUAUGUUAUGUUCAUCCGUGUUCAAUUGUUAUGCAUGGCUCCUCCAAGUGGCUCAGUAAGAUUUUUGGAGAAGGGAGCUCUAUCAGUGUUGAGUUUUGCCCUUUGUGGCCUUUCUCUCUCUCUCUCUCUCUCUCUGUCUCUCUUUCUCUCUCUCUCUCUCUCUCUCUCUCUAGAUGUUGUAGCCUUAUUGUGAACAUGUUUUCAAUUCACAGCUGCAUUUGUUAGUUGUGCAGACCUGGGUCGAUUACAACUCAAAAUGUAUUCAUUUACUUCCAAGUGUUUAAUUAAGUAAACUAUUGAGGGCAAGAUUGAUUGCAGCUGUUGUAGUUUUGGGAGCAUUGGGAUCGACCCUAUAGCUUACCAGACUGAAUAAAGCAAUCCUAAAAGUAACUGAAUGCAUUUCAAAUUGUAAAAAAGACUAAUGUCUGUAGCUGUGACUGGUGAUUUCUUGUUUCACCUCUGUGUAGAUCUAUCAACAGUCUCGUAAUUUGUUGAUUAUUCUCAUGAAAAGACAUUGAGACAGUAGUGCAAUAACACCUCAACAUGCCUGUUGGGCGCUGUCACAUUAUCAAUAUAAAUAUGAUCAUACAGGACCUGUGUAUCUGUUAAAUACCUAACUCUUACAUUCCCUUUAAGAUUCCUUUCAGUCGCGACUUUCCAGGUUGCUUUUUACUGCAGUCAGACGCUGGCUUUCAGAUUAAUAGUCCAUGUGAAACUGUUGGUUUCUGUGUUUAACCCUGUUUGUGUGUGGGACUAAAUUUAAGGCAACCUGGAAUGAACCCAGUACCUUGAUUGGUCAUUUUCAAUUGAGUUGCUGCUGCAUUUCAAGAUCAUAUGUGGAAAUAGAAAAAAAUAAAUACUUAAAAACUGCUCACAAAUCUGUCUACUUAUCCAUUUCCAGUACUAUGUUGGAAGUAAAGUAUAGCAUAUUGUAUUUGUACGUAAGUAUGUGUCAACUCAGGAGUUUUUUCUUUGUAAUAUAUUGAUUGAUAGAUUUUUUUGAGGCUCCAUAUUUAUGGUAGAGUAUAUAUUGUUUGUUUUGUAUUGUGUCUUUAUUUGUAACGCGAUACUGCUUUGCAUGAUCUAGUGACUGAUUAUGGUUUUUUUCUGUACAGAUCAAAGUUAAUAAAUAUGUGGUUCCAUCAUUCCACUAAUUCACUAAG